AUGGAAAGUAAACUAUAAAAUUUUGAGAUCUAAAAUAAACUAGGUAAUAAAGAUGUUUGAUGGUAUAGGUUCCGGAGCUUAUUCAUCAGUGUACAAGGUGUAGAGAAAGUCAGAUGGCAAAAUAUAUGCAUUAAAGAAAGUAUAAGGGAUAAUUAAUAGAAAUAGGUGAAAUUGAUGGAUAUGGGAGAUAGAGAGAAAUAGAAUGCAUUGAAUGAAGUUCGAAUAAUAGCAUCAAUUCAUCAUGAGAAUGUGGUUUCAUAUAAAGAAUGUUUUAUAGAGGAUAAUAAUUUAUGGUAUGAGAGUGAUUUUAACAUAGUAUAAUAAUGGAGUAUGCAGAGGGAGGAGAUUUAUUAUAGAAAAUAUAAAGAUAUGUUAAGAGACAGUAAAUGAUACCAGAAUUAGAGAUAUGGCAAGUUGCAAUCCAGGUGUUAUAGGGUUUGAGAGCUUUGCAUCAUAAAAAAAUAUUCCAUCGUGAUUUGAAGUGUGCUAAUAUCUUCUUGUAUGAGAAUGAUUAGGUCAAACUUGGAGAUUUCAAUGUAUCUAAAUUGGCUAAGAAUGGUCUUGUUUAUACACAGACUGGUACACCUUAUUAUGCUAGUCCAGAGGUUUGGUAAGAUAAACCUUACGAUCAUAAGGCAGACAUCUGGUCUUUAGGAUGUGUUAUCUAUGAAGCAUGCUCCUUAAAACCGUAUUUUAUUAAUAUAUUUAUAGACCAUUCAGAGCUAAGGAUAUGGAUGGACUCUAUAAAUCUGUUUUAAGAGGAUAAUAUUAACCAAUCCCUGUUAUCUAUUCUUAAGAAUUAGUACAAUUGGUUAAAACUAUGAUGUAGGUUCAUCCUUCUAAUCGUCCUGAUUGUGGUAAUAUAUCACUCUUAUUAUUAUUUAGAUAAACUUCUUCAAUUUUCCUAUGUUUAAAAGAAAGCCAAAUUAUAUUCUAUUCCUUUAAACAAUGAUGAUAGUCAAGAUGAUUUAUUAAAGACUAUUAAAUGGCCUUUUUCAAGAAAGGGCCUUUAAGCUAAUAAAUCAGAACUUAUUAAUUUAAAUUGUUAAUUACCUGCCAGCAAUUAUUUAAAUUAACAUAAUUCUAAUCACAUCAGAAGAAAUCAAUAAUCAAAUAGAAUCAGAUCUUAAGAUACUAAUGAUUCCAUCUCCUUAAAUCAACCCAAUGAAGCUUUAAAUUAAUUAAUUAAAUAAAUCUCUUAAAUAGACCAUAAAGAUAUUGAAAAAUCUCCUAAUCUUAAUUCUAAUUUAAAUAAAUCCAUUUCCAAAUAGAAAAUCUAAGAAAAUGUCUUACCAAAUGACCGAAGAUUGAGAAUAUCCAAUUCUACUCAUGAAAAACAUGACAGAUAUGAACCCAUUUCACAACCGUAAAUUUUUAAAUAGAAACCCUAGUAAAUGUGCUUCUAAGGAUAGGAUAGACCAUCAGAUUUAAAUCAAUUCUAAUUAUUAUGCUAACGAUGUUAUCCAAUCAAUUAAUAAACAGCACUAUUCUUAAAAAUUGCCAAUCAUUACUGCAAACUAAAAACAAGAAGAUGAUCAUAUUUUAAGAAAAAACUCUUCAAAUGAGAGAAAUUCAAGUAGUUAUCUUAAGAGAUCCAAACAUGAACCUUCAAGGAAAGAUUUCUCUAGAUAGCCCAGCGCUGAAAGACCUACUACCUUAAUGAAAAUUAUUGAAGAACAUCAAUAAUUACCCAAAAUAAAAAAGAAAUACUGA